CCUUUUCACUCCUCCUACCAAUCCCAAUCUUUCCCUCAUCGUCUCCCCUGUUUCUCCUCCGCAUUUUCUCCGACCACGUCCGACGCCGGCGAUAAAGAGAAACGCUCUGUUAAAAGGGGGUUUUUCUUUAUAACGUUCUCGUGGUCGUCGCCUGGUCAAAGAUUGGCUCCGAUCGCCUGCUGUUGACUGGUACAGGUCGUGCUAUUUGGUGGGAGCUCAGGUAAGGGGGAAAAGCUUACCCACGCCUUUGUUCUUUUACUUUAUAUUCUUUCCGGCGAUUGCCAACUUGCAUGCGACCGAAAUUUGAAACUGGGUUUUCUAGAAUUAGGCUGUUUGGAGGUUUCUAUGUAGAGAGGCAACAUAGAUUUUCUUUUUUGUAUCCUCGAAAGUUGAUUUGAUUUUUUUGUAUUGGGAUAAAAUGAUGGAGAAAUCGAUUCUGUGGCGGAUUCAACGAUGCUCCUAAUAUGUACGAUUGAAGAAUCUGGUUCUGAGUUUGCGAAGAAACUAAUAAUAAUGCAAAAAGAAAAAUGGGGGUCAUUGUAGGUUGUAACAAGAAGCGCCUUUCGGGACAAAGAUCAAAUCUUUACAUGCUAAGGCAUUUCGCAUGCCUUCCAGCAAUCAGUCAGGGAUAUGAGGAAGAGAUAUUGAUGUACAGAUAAAAGUAUUGCUGAUACUGUGUUAUAAGUAUAACUGCAUUGUUGAAGAUAAGAUUUCACAAAUCACAAUGGAGCAUCGAUCGGCAUCCCCAAAACUAGAGAACCUAGAUGCUCCUCUCCACUUGUUAGGGUUUGAGAUCGAGGAAUUGUCACCAAGCAAAGUCGCGGGUCGCCUUCUGAUAACGGAAAAAUGUGUGCAGCCUUUCAAGGUGCUGCACGGUGGAGUAUCCGCGUUGAUGGCAGAGGCUUUAGCUGGCAUUGGGGCGAAAAUGGCAUCAGGUUAUAAGAGGGUUGCUACCAUUCACCUCAGCAUUAGUCAUUUGAAGCAUGCUGAUCUCGGGGAUCUUGUUGUCGCUGAAGCCGCUCCUGUCCAUGUUGGCAAAACCAUUCAGGUUGUUUGGGAGGUGCAAAUUUGGAAAGUUGAUCCUUCGAAUUCGGACAAGAAGUCUUUGGUUUCAUCAUCCAGAGUCACUCUCUUAAGCAACAUGCGGGUGCCCGAACAUGCCAAAGGAGCUGAUGAAAAUCUCAAGAGAUAUGCUAAACUGUGAAAAAAACAUGUGCGUACUGUAUGGUUAAGGCCUUAUUCCAUGUCAAUGAUGCAUUAUAAUUCUCGGUAUUAUUAAUAGUUUUAGUUAUUGUUUAGGAAUCGUAUUAAUUAUUAAGGUAUUUAAGGUAGUUUCUUUAGGAUUAAGUUACCGUAUCCUUGUAGGAUUGGUAAGUGAUUAGGUUUUCCGUUUCUCCUAUAAAUAUGUACUCGGUUUCUACGUUUUAAAAAGUCAAUGAAGAAGAAAACCCCUAAUUUAGUUGUUUUAGUUUAUUUAUCGUUUUUGUGCUGCGAUGCUUGAUCCGUCAAUGCAUCAAUUGGUAUCAGAGCCUGGUUCGAGAGAACCGAGCUCGCUGCUGCAGCUCCCAGGGCA